AGAGACCAGGCAACUGAAGAGGCUGUUCCCAUCACUGGAUUUGCGGGUGGUGGAAGGGAUGGUAGUGCCAAUCUUCAUCCUGAGAAAGAUGUAUCAAAUGAUUGGCCUGCCCAUUGAUGAAAAACUGUCUGAGUACCUCAACACCAUCAUCUUACCAUAUUACAACAGAGAGGCGGCCAAUGAACAGGUUUUUGAUCCACUGCUAGGAGUCGAACCAGGCAAUCAUGGGCAUUACCUGAAACUGUCAAGAGAUGGAGCCAUUUUAUUUAUCCACACACAAGGGUUCCAGCAAAGCCAGGGCCGGACAUUGAAUAAUCUGGUUCAAUUACCCGGAGUGAAAAAGGGCACACAUCGAUUUGACCGGCCGAGGCAGGCAUUUAUGGUUCCAAUGUAUAUGAUGCCUGUCAACAUCAGACAACACAUCAGCAAUGGUAAAUACCACUAUUACAGUAUGUUGCCACUUUGCUUUGUGAGGAACACAUUUAACAUCUGAACUUUAUUUUUUUGUUGGAUUUAACGUCACACUGACACAUUUAUAGGUCACUUGACUUUCCAGCAUUGAUGGUAGAGGAAGACCUCAGGUACCCUCCACCAAGUAAGGCUUGAACCCACAUUGAUG